UCUCUCCGACCCCUAGCCUAUUCUCUGCCUUCACCUCUCUCCUGUUUUCCCCAGCACCGGCUGCAGGAUGGCAGCUCUCUGGCCUUUCCCGCUGCUGAUCUCUGAGUCUCUCUGGGCAUGUUUGGCUCUGACCCUCCCCGAUGGGUACCCCGAGCCUCACAACGGGCCCCCCACGGCGGGCUUCAACUACAGCCAUGUCGACCCAUCCGUGGAUCUGCCCAGUGCACUAAGGGUGUUCAGCUUGGACUACCACCACGUGCAGGCUCCCUUUGAGAUCGUGCUGUGGAUAAUGCUGGCCUCACUGGCCAAGCUGGGUUUCCACUGGUCGGGUCGAGUCCCAGCCAUUGUCCCGGAAAGUUGCGUUCUCAUCAUGGUGGGCCUCCUCGUGGGAGGGGUGAUCUACGGGGUCCGGCACUCUGCUCCCCCGACUCUGAGCGCUGACGCCUUCUUCCUCUUCCUGCUCCCGCCCAUCGUCUUAGAUGCAGGAUACUUCCUGCCGGGGAGGCUGUUCUUUGAGAACCUCGGCACCAUCCUCUGGUACGCGGUGCUGGGCACCCUAUGGAACGUGCUGGGCAUUGGCCUGUCUCUGUACGGCGUUUGCCUGCUGGCUCCGAGCUCUCUGGGUGACAUCUCUCUGCUCCAUUGCCUGCUGUUCGGCUCGUUGAUAGCCGCCGUCGACCCGGUGGCCGUGCUCUCCGUCUUCCAAGAGAUGCACGUCAACGAACAGCUGCACAUCCUGGUGUUCGGAGAGUCGCUGCUCAACGACGCCGUUACAGUGGUCGGUACAGGAGCUGCUGUGCUCUACAAGCUCUUUGAGUCCUUUCUGCGGCUGCCGUCGGUGACCGGACUGGAUGUGCUGGUGGGCGGUUGCAGAGUGGUGGUGGUGGGCCUGGGAGGCCUCUUUGUGGGACUGUUCUUCGGCUUGGUGGCAGCUCUCACCUCCCGGUUCACGUUCAGGGCCCAGGUCAUCGCUCCCCUCUUCGUCUUCCUCUACUCCUACCUGUCCUACCUGACCUCCGAGAUGCUUCACUUCUCAGGAAUCGUGGCCAUCGUGACCUGCGCAGUGACCAUGAAGCAGUAUGUGGAAGCGAAUGUGUCAGAGCGCAGCAACACCAGCAUCCAGUACUUCCUGAAGAUGUGGAGUAGCGUGAGUGAGACCUUGAUCUUCAUCUUCCUUGGGGUGUCCACCAUACAGGACAUACACAUGUGGAGUUGGCCCUUCGUCUGCUCUACUCUGCUGCUCUGCCUCGUCUGGAGGGCCACAGGCGUUCUCCUGCUCACCGCUGUGGUCAACAAGCUUCGGAGGAACGCCGUGACCUUCCGGGACCAGUUCAUCAUCGCCUACGGCGGCCUCAGAGGGGCCAUCUGCUUCUCCCUGGUCUUCCUCAUUGAUGACUUCCCAAAGAAGAGACUCUUCAUCACAACUACCAUCGUGGUCAUUCUCUUUACUGUCUUUGUGCAGGGGAUGACCAUCAAGCCUCUGGUGGAGCUGCUGGAUGUGAAGAGGAAGAAGAGGGCCCUGCCUACAGUCAGCGAGGAGAUCCACAGCAGGCUCUUAGAUCACCUGCUGUCAGGAAUAGAAGAUGUGGUCGGCUACUGGGGGCAGCACUACUGGAAAGACAGGUUUGAACAGUUCAACAAGAAGUACCUUCGACGUUUCCUUAUUGGUGAGCAUCACCAGACUCACUCCAGCAUCCUCAGAGUCUACCAGGAGGUGGAGAGGAGGGAGCAGCAGGGGGUUGAGGAGACGCCACCAGUAUCAUUGUCCUGUAGGAACAUCCAGUUGUGUCCAACUUCCAAUCGGCUAGCUGUUGAUUUGAGAGUGGACGCCCACUCCAGCAGCCGUCCCCUCUUGCCAGAGGAGAUGGACAGCAUCAGGCGCAUUCUCUCCAGGAACCUUCAAAACUUUAACAACAAGCAGAUGCCAGCCUACAGCAGACACACCCUUCACCAGGAUCUCACCACGGACAAAAUGAGGAAGCCCCUGCACAGACAUCAGAGCCUUACGGAGAGGUGUACCUAUCACACCAUCACAUACUGCCCACAGCGGGUAGAUGGAGAGUUCUCCAAGUCAUGCAGAGGAAGAGCACGGCUCAGCAGAUCUCAUACAGUGUGUUCAGCAAGCCCAAGAUGGUCCGAACGCCCCGACUCUUUGGUCCCAGCUGCUCUGAAUCACACCCAGCCAUCGGAUCCUGGACCUGCUGAGGAGGAGCCAGAUUCUCCACAGCGCAGGACACAAAUCGAGAGAGCAACUAAGAAACAGCUCAGCUUUAUUCUGGAGAAUGAGAAGCCGCUAUGAAGGUAGACAGCGCUAGAGCAAAGGAGAGGUAAUAAAGCACUGGUGCUAUCUGUGGCUCCUAUGCUGUGAGCAGAGCUAUGGACACGUUCUACACAAGGCUCUGUAAAUAAAUGAAAUGGUUGCAUCUUCUUGAGUGUUGCCAGCAAAUAAUAAAGCUCUACUCAGCUCAAA